CAUGGCAUGGAGAGAGGAGUUAAACGUAUUUUUUAAAACAACUUCUAUUAAAGGUUUCAAGAGAGUCUUUGAUUCGGAAGCCAAUGUAAUAAAAUAUUUGUGGACGAUAUCUAUUAUAGCUCUCUUCUCUGUUGCUGGACUACAAUGUUAUACUAUUAUAAGCAAUUUCCUAUCAUAUUCCACAGUGACCUUAAUGGUUCAGAAAAAUGGUGAUGCGAACGAAUUUCCAGCAGUAACAAUUUGCAAUCAGAAUCCAUUUUCAUUUCAAGGUGAAAUUAGUUACGGCGAGUACUUGGAUCAUCUAAAUGACAAUAUCGUUACUAAACAUGAAGAAUUGCUACGAAAACUUUUAAAAUCAAUAGAUCUAGAUGAAACAGAAGAAAUAUGGCUGUUAUUUAAUAAUAUAUUAUCUGCCAAAGGAUUCUAUACAGGGCUAACUCCUGAAGAAGUUGGUUGGCAUGGACAUAGUUUUGAGAAAUUAGUUUUAGAUUGUAGCUAUUUCCAGUAUGGGGGAUUACUUAACGUCAGAAAACCUUGUACGAAGAUGGCAAACAUAACAGUAUCUCAUCAUCCUAAUUUUUUCAAUUGUUAUACAUUUGAGUUAAUAAGAGAUCAACAAACUGUAAAUAUUUUAGAUAUAACGCUUAUCCUACACAAUCAACUCAGACGUAAAGAAAUUGAAUCACCUUAUAGCUUUCCAAAACUUUAUGGGGCAAAAGUUGCAGUUCAUCAGCCGGGUACCUUUGUUGAUGUAGAAGAGAAUGGAAUAGAGAUUCCACCCGGACGCUCAUCAACUCUUCAACUAAUUCCAGAAGAAAUUGAUAGGCUACCAAAACCACAUGGAAAUUGCAUAUCAAAAGAGUCUUCUCCUUAUCCUAAUCUUGUCGAUUUAGGUGGAAAAUCGUUAAAAUAUAAUUAUCAAGCUUGUUUAUAUGCUUGCUUUCAACAGGAAUUAGUAAAACAAUGCCAAUGUAUUGAUCCUAAUCUUUUGGUUUAUAUUAAUAUAAAUGAUAAAAAGCAACGCGUUUGCCAAAAAUUGACAAAAAAUUCUAGUGUUGAGGAUGUAGUGCAGUCCGUCAUUGACUUAAAUUGCACGUUUACAGCGAUAAAAGAUGUUCAUAAUUGUCUAAAAACAUGUCAUCCUGCUUGCUCUGAAACGAAAUGGGAUACGAGAAUUUCAUACUCUCUUUGGCCUUCGCAAAGAGAGCUCGUUUCCUUUUAUAAAACCAUUGGGUUCCUUCAACGUCAAGAUAUUCUCGAGGAUUAUGGAAUUUUUUUAGAAGUUGAAAAAUUAGAGGAGCAAGGUCGCUUCACUGAAGCAUAUCAACUCUUAAUAAAUUCUUCGAAUUUACAAGAAAAUGUCGUGCGUAUCAAAUUUAUUAAUACUGGUAGGGAUGGUUAUAAAAAAUUCCUUGAAGUGGAGAAAUAUAAUUCGGCAGAUGUUGUGUCAAAACUUGGUGGUUUGUUAAAUCUUUGGUGCGGAAUAAGUGCUGUUAUUAUAAUUGAAGUACUGGAGAUGAUCAUGAGAAUAAUUAGCAGACAAACAAUACAUACCAAUAAAGUAUCGACAAUAAGAAACUAG